AUGAACAUUGAUCCAACAAACCGGGAAUCGUUUCAAGUAUAUCGCACUCAGGACAGCAACAAUUUUGAAUCGGACAGCAACAGCUCUGGAUCACAAGAAGACUUUAUUACAAGAACGGAACCUACCUUUGACAUUAUGGAACGAGCACCAGGACAAGCACAAAGGGCUCCUACGGUAGAAGAGCAAAUGUUGACAUUGAUGGCGGGCAUGCAAGAAUUGUUGCGUAACAACCAAAGAAGCACUUCAUUCAUUCGUCCACGGUUACCAGAGCCUGAUUCGUUUGCUGGUGAUCGAUCUCCUGGAGGGGUGGAAAGUUGGGUGCGCACUGUUGAACGUUAUUUGGAGUUGUCAUCUUGGGAGGAGCAUCAAUGGGUUCCAUAUGCGGUGAUGAAGCUACCAUCAACGAAUGGGCCAAGUUCCGCUCCAUGA